UUUUUUUUGCCUCUUCUUAACGAGUCAUUUGGUCCGAUAUCUGGGGUAAACAGCCCAAAGAUAUUGAUAACACAUUCCGGAGACGAAAUGGGUAUUGCUAAUCCCUCGGUUGAUCCGGCAAAUGUUGUACAGUCGCUCGUAUACAUUCUCUCUGGAGUGUUUGAUGCUACUAGGGAUUUAUAUCGCAGCUUGUCGUUGAAGGAGCAGAGGGAAUAUGAACAGAGCCUCAGGAGCUACUCGAGAAGAGCUGAAUAUGUCUCGGAUGAGAGGUUGGGCAGCGAGGAAGCCGUCAUGACGGACAAGGCGACAAUGGUCCGGCAGUUUGAGAUUGGAUAUCACGCAAUGGGCACCGAGUUCGCUAUGGGUGAUGUGACUGCGCAGACGGAGCUCCAAUGGCAGAUCAUUGCCCUGCAGAGCGUACUGGUGAGCACUGCCAUAUAUGGACCUGUGUCAUCAGACUCGGCGGCUCAUCAAUUAUCGAAUAUCAACGCGGCUUCGAGAGCAGCAGCAGCGAGAUCGAUUGAAGUGUUGGUCGCACUGCAGGACCGGCUGAUAGAUGAGCGCCCCGUUACACCGCGGUCGAUGCAUUCAGUUACUACGACUCGUUCAAGCCCGCAUCAUGCGCCUUCACAUGUGGCUUCUCAUGUAACGUCUCAUUCGACCAGCCAUGCGCCGUCACACGUAGCUUCUCACCACAGCUCUUAUGCGCCGUCCGCACCGUCUAAAGCACCUUCUCAUGCGCCAUCUAAAGUACCCUCCCAGGCACCAUCCAAGGUACCGUCGAGAGCUCCAUCAAAAGCACCAUCCAAGGCACCUUCGCACGUAGCAUCUCAAGCACCAUCGCGGGUCCUAGUACUUCCUCAGCCACCUAUCGGUCCCAAUUCAACAACCACCGUAACUGUAAAGCACGAUGAACCUGUACAUGUGCGAACCAACAGCCCAAUCAACACAACAAUCCUCGACUGGCAAAGCAAAGUUGAGCCCGAGCCCUCCAUCACCGAAAGUGCCUCAACUACCGUGCCAUCCCACCCGGGCCACCUAUACUGCCAAUACGCCUACGACCUCCAGCGCGACCCCACGCAGCCCCUGCACCCCACGCUCCUCACCACCAAAGACGCGCGCUGCCCCCACUGCGCGGGAUCCCUGCAUCUCUCCCCGGGAAAAGCCUGGGAAAUCUCCAAAUGGGCCGGCGACACCGAACGCACCUUCCAAGUCUCAAACCGCUUCGUUGUCAAAUGCCACCGCGACGGGCCAGACGCUCAGUACUGCUGCGUUAUUUGCUCCAAGUAUUCGGAUUCUGAUACUAUCUGUGGCGAUGUUAAGGCGCUGGUUAAACAUCUUUCCGAUGAGCACGAUGUUAGGGAGUUGAAGCAUGAAGAGGAUAUUGUGGAGGUUAUUGAGCAGGUUAUGGUGAUGGGGAAGAGGGAUAGUGGGGUUGGGUAUAGUGGCGGGGGUACGGCGUCGAGGGGGAGUCGGAGUAGACGGAGUGCGAGUGUGGUGUCUGGGAAGGGGAGGAGGAGGAAGAGUUUGGGGAUGGUAGAGAGGGAGGUUGAUGUCUUUGAGGUGAGGAGUGGGCGGAGGUAA